AUGCAAGCACGUGGUGCACCGAUUCCACCGAUCAAGGGUAUACCCAUUCUCUUGCUCGCAGGCGAAACAGUGAGCGAAGAAGACGAUGCCUUCGUUCACUGGGUGCACUAUGUGCGUCGCCUCAGCAACAUGUUUGCUCUAAGGGCUAGUGCCCAUGCGGCGGAUGUGCGUCUCGAACGCAAGCUUCGGUAUGAUUAUGCCAAGCUUAAGGCCAGAGGCCAAUUGCGCAAGCGCACGCGCUAUGCGUCGGCUACUAAGGUAGUCGCGAGUGCUGGUCAGUCUGUGGCCAACAACCCGCCAACCCGUACCACUAGUGGUGGGGAACGGACUCGGUCUCGAGAUGACCAUGGCCACGAUGCUCAAAAGCAUCCAAAGCAUAUGGGCAGUCUUGCCGAAGGGGUACCUCAAAUUCCCAUGAGUUUUCAGACUCAGUGUACCCACGCCACUUUACCAGAUACUGGUAUUGGCCCUGACGACGACGUCGUUUCAGUAGUCUCUCGACAUGAAAUUGACGACACCCAUGCUCAUCGAGCAAAGUCGGUGGCGGCCGGUGUACCGGUGGCUCACGAGAAAUUGGUUCUCGAAGUGAAGGGUCUUCAAGAGGCCUUGGGUAAGUCCCAGUGCAUGCUGGAUGCGAUGCAAAGCCGCCUUCAGGCGAUGGAGCAAGCUCAAACUCGGAGCGAGGCUCAGUUGGACUUGCUGAUUCGCCUACAGCAAUCUGGGGCAGUGCCCUUGUCGUCGGCGCAAGCGCCUCCAAGUUCACAUGGGAAGGAUCCCAGUACGGCUUAA